GGAGCCGUGGUUCUAAUACUAAAGAGUGCAUUGUCCCAUUCAGACAGAUUGGCAUGUGCUUGCUUUGUAGAUUAAUAUCCAGGUUAAAAGUUUGACCUGCACCAAGACUAGAAAGUCCGGUCAAACAAGUCCCACAAAACGCCCGGGAGGACAGCAGGAGAACAGCAGGAGAACAGCAGGAGUGCAACAGCAGCAGCAGCAUGGACGUGGACAGUAAACGACUCAUGGUAGUGGUACCAAAUGAAGCAUCGCCGCGACAACUGUUGAGUGGCAGCGAUGAUGAGGCCUGGAAGAGCUACCUGGAAAACCCACUAACUGCUGCCACCAAAGCCAUGAUGAGCAUUAACGGGGAUGACGAGAGUGCUGCAGCUUUGGGCAUACUCUACGACUAUUACAAGAUUUCUAGGGACAAAAAGACUGCCAACGGCAAACCGCAGGUUCUUGAUAAUUACGACAUACUAGACCAAGCUCUGAACUCCAUGCCUGUCAACCUGUCGCUACAUGAUACAGCGACCAUAGACCAUUCAAAAAAACAAUACGGACCUCUUAAUGUGCCAACACAUACACACACUGGGAAAGACAGAGGUGGAACAGUUUUGGUCAAAGCACAAGCUCAAACUAUCCCUGCCAAUGUCUACAUGGAAGAAUUCAAGGACCCAAUAAGAAUGCCUUAUGAACAAAACAGAUAUGACAACUUGUUUUCUGGGUACCUAAAAGAAGAACAGAGAAGCACUCCAGACAGUGUCUACGAGGAUGAGGUGUAUCAAAACUCUUCUGGGGGAGCCAGCCAGUUGCACUACAAUGUCUCAAAUGAUGGCUUCCUGUAUUGUCUUGAGGCCAGUAUGUCUCUGCGACCACGACAUGAAGAAGGUCCAAUGGCGUAUCUGAACCGUGGGCAGUUUUACCCUUUGACCCUGUCUCACACUCAGGGAGUUAAACUCCAGACUAGAGGGCCAACGCCGUCUAGGACUAACCAGGGUACAGUGAGGGGGGCAGAGCUGCAGCAGGACAGUGUGGUACAGAGUGUCAUCAUGGUUGUUUUUGGGGAGGACAAGUGCAGAGAUGAACAGCUAAAAAACUGGAAAUAUUGGCAUUCACGACAACACACAGCCAAGCAGCGUGUCCUAGAUAUAGCUGACUAUAAAGAAAGCUUCAGUACAAUUUCCAAUGUUGAGGAAAUUGCCUACAAUGCAGUCUCCUUCACAUGGGACGUCACUGAGGAGGCAAAGGUGUUUAUUUCAGUCAACUGCCUGAGCACAGACUUCUCGUCACAAAAAGGCGUUAAAGGGACUCCAUUGAAAAUUCAGAUCGACACAUACAGCUACAAUGGAUGCAAAGGGAAACCCAUCCACCGGGCAUUCACGGAGAUCAAGGUCUUCUGUGAUAAGGGCGCAGAGAGGAAGCUACGUGAUGAAGAAAAAAAGCAGCUCCGAAAAAGGACAAAGGGUAAAAGUGGCAGUUGUAUGUCCCAGUCUCCAGUGAAGAGAUCUGACACGACCUUAUUCAAAUCUGAGCAAGACCUAGACUCCCAGCCAGUCCUGUUCAUCCCGGAUGCCCACUUUGGGAACUUGCAGCGGUCGGGACAGGUUUUUGCUUUUAACACAGAAGAAGUUGAAAGUGAUGGGAGUGUGAAGAUGAGGAGAUUCUCAUGUGUUUCAGAGGAGGACCUGUGCACACCUCAGAUGAAGAGGCCCAAACUUGAACCAGAAAAAAGAGUCCUUUUGUACGUGAGGAAAGAGAAUGAUGAAGUUUUUGAUGCUUUGAUGCUACGGACACCAACUCUCAAAGCACUUAUGGAGGCAAUAUCAGAGAAAUAUGCAGUGCCUAUUGACAAAAUGGUGAAGGUUUACCAGAAAAGUAAAAAAGGGGUCCUAGUGAAUAUGGAUGACAACAUUAUCCAGCACUACUCCAAUGAGGACACCUUCAUCUUGGCCAUAGAGGCAUCUGCAGACUCACUACGAGUCACUCUUUCCGAGAUAUGACAGCACUGUUUGCACUACACAAGCCUUCAUAUGAGAGUCAAAUGGUUUAUUUAUUACAUGAAACAGUGAAAAAUGGGUUUAAAACGUGGCUUAAUUUUAUUUCCCCAAACUCCUUGCUUUUGUGAUUAUUUUUGAAUUGCAUGCAAGGUGUAUUCAGAAAGGAUUUUAUUAGAAAAAAUCCUGUUAUACUUUGAUGACAACUGCUCACAUGUUUUAUGACCCCUAGUGGCUGGAUUUGGAAAUAAUGUAUAGUCCCACACCCCAAAAUCCAAAAUCUCAUUUAUUUUCUUCACACACAUCAGAGAAUGUCUUGUACCAUAUUGUAUAUUUUACAUUAAAAGUAGGCCUAGGUUUUCUUGGCAAUGCCCCUUAUUUUGUGUGAGAUGUUAGCCCUUUGUGCCACUGUGAAGUAGCAUUUGUGAUUAUAUGAGAUGUCUUUAAGCGUCCCGUGGAUGUGGUUAAACUGUGUGGCUUCAUCAGUUUGUGUUGAUUGUGGUCUUCUUCUGAGGGACAAAAAUCAUUAUGACAUGAUUAUAGGGACUCAUAACUGGUCCAGCAAAUUUCAGUGUUUCACUGACUUUUAUGCUCCAUUUCAAAUGUGUUGUAAUGUACAGUUUUUUAAUUGGUAAAUAAAUAUAGUUUUGUACCAUGUU